UUGUCUCGUCCCCCCUUGUUGAAGACAUAGAAAAAAGCUUACUUGUUGAUCCGGAUAAUGAAUUGGCUGCUGAGGAGCUUCAACAAACGCUAGAUAUGUUGUAUAUUCACAACCCAAUAUCAAUUGAAGAUUUGUUGGAUUUUGAAGAAGAAAGAAUAGAUAUACAUCAACAAUUUAGUGAUAAUGAUUUUAUUCAAGGUGCUACGGAAAUAGAACAAGUAGAAAAUGAAAUUAUGAUACAAGCCUUAACCGGAAAGGAACAGUUGGAUAUUUUGCGCAAUGCUCUGAGAAUUGUUGAUGAGAGAAUUGAUGAUG